AUGGAUUCCGACAACGAGUUCCCCCAGCCUUCUUACAGAGAGCGUGAAGCUAUAAGGGAUUACCUCCAGAUUGAGUAUGAAUUCAUGCCCCCCUUGGAGUUUUAUGCAAAUCCAUUCAAUGUUCAGUAUCGGAGACAUGCUGUUUCCACUAUGGUUAGGCUCUCUCAGGGCGAAGAUGUUGAUGCGUAUAUUCCCUACCUUGCAAUGAAUUACUUUGAUCGCUUUGUUUCAAUGAAUCCGCUUGCAGAAUUACGAGGUUUUUCUUUACACGAUAAAGUUCGUUUGGUUGCCAUCUGUUGCUUCACACUCUCCGCCAAGAUGAGAACAACGCAUUUCUUACCACGGCAGUUUCAGAUGAACAGAGAAGUGAAUUUCAACUCUGAAAAGAUAAUGCAAACGGAAUUUUGCAUUCUCAAUGGACUUAACUGGCGAAUGAGAUCUAUUACUCCCUUUCACUUCUUGGACCACUAUUAUCCCACCUUCAGAAUGAUAGGUGGUUUCAAACGCCGAUCCAUCAAUGAGAUCAUAGUCCAGUCUCAAGGAGGUAUCGUAAUAAGAGUUGUCUGA